AUGGGUGGAACGGUACACAUGGAUCCAUCAAUCUGGUCGAAGACCCCGGAAGAUAUCAUAUUCCUCAUCAUCGAAGCAUCGGAUCGUGCGACCCAGAUCAGUUGGUCAUCUACUCGUCGAGUGUUCUACAAGUACUCGUGCCCCAGGAUCCCCUCCAGUCCUUGGGUGAACGAUGAAGAUCCUCGGCACUAUCUCGCUGGCGGUAAAACGUACGAUUCGCCACUGAUGUUCUCCUUCCAUUCUCUGAUUCGCCGUCACGGUCCAAGCCGCUUGCGUAGGGGUUUGGCGUCCACCUUCGAGACGCUCAUCCUACGAGACCGUGUCCAUCUCUUUGGAAAGCCUACGAAGCAGAUACAUCUCCGCGCCGCGUGCAGGAACUGCCGGUCGUUACGUCGAACCGAGUUAACACAUCCAACGCGUGAACAAGCAUGCGAGUUCUUCUUAACGUUUGAAUGGCAACCGGUUGAAGAGCGUUUCGGAAAGACCAAGCUGGCUAGUCUUAAGGUCCCUGAUCAGUCCCUCGGGAAAAUAUGCGACGGGAUCACAGACUUUCGACACAUGCCUUCGCCCGGUAUAUGGAAGUUCGCCUUCGUCAGAGAUCCUGAGGACGUUCUAGAAAGCGCGAAAAGUUACGAACAAAGAAGAUCGGAGGAUUCCGCUCAAUUUAGGGCCACGGUCAGUGACGGCGACGGGAAGCUCAAUCAGGAGUUCCGGACCAUCAAGCCAGAGAAGCUGACAUGA